AUGCAGUUUGCAGGCAUGGGUUUUGCGCCGCAGGACAAGGUGCCAGAGCGGGAGAAGUACAGCAAUUGCAUCUGGAGCAUUGCUUUCAAGCCGGACGGUUCGCAGAUAAUCGUGGCAGCUGGGAACCGGGUCCUCGUCUAUGACACCACCGAUGGCGACUUGGUGCAUUCAUUGAAAGGGCACAAGGACAGUGUUUUCUGCGUUGCGUACUCCAAGCACGGCAAGAAGUUCGCGUCAGGCGGCGCAGACAGACAGGUCAUCAUCUGGACUCACAAGGCGGAAGGCAUCCUCAAGUACAACCACAACGAGUCCAUCCAGUGCCUGUGCUACAACCCAGUGACGCAGCAGCUCGCCAGCGGCACGGCGUCCGACCUGGGCCUGUGGUCCCCGGAGCAGAAGUCCGUGUCCAAGCACAAGGUCAGCUCCAAAGUCUUGUGCAUGUCGUGGACGAACGACGGGCUGCACCUGGCCCUCGGCCUGUUCAGCGGCCACAUCAGCAUCCGGGACAAGUUCGGGGCGGAGAAGGCGGACAUCGCCCGCGGGAACCCCGGGUCGCCCGUCUGGACGCUCGCGUGGAACCCGGUGCCCCCGAAGGCAGAGCCCACGGACGUGCUGGUGGUCGGCAGCUGGGACCAGACGCUGUCCUUCUACAAGGUGUCCGGGCAGGAGUACGGCAAACAGCACCAGCUGGAGUACGACCCCUGCGGCAUCGACUUCUUCUCGAACGGGGACUACUUCGUGAUGGGAGGCACCAACCACAAGGUCCAGCUGUGGAGCCGCGAGGGCGUCAUGCUGGGCGACCUCGGCGAGCGCGACGACUGGAUCUGGUCGGUGGCGGUGCGGCCCAG